AAGACAGGUGAAUUUAUAGACUUGAGCCAGACAUUGUACAUAUGUUAUGUUAUACAUAAUAUAUUAAUAUACUGUUAACUAAGACCCAGAAUGCGCUUGUCUUGAAUUUCUCCGCUCAGUGGUCUGAUAUUCUACGGGCUUGAAGCCAAGAGCUGGAUCCACAGACUGCCGGCUCCAAUGACAACACUGGAGAGUAACCUCUCUCAUCUUUCUUCCUGACCUGCUCAACCCAUCAAUUGAUUCAACCCUUCAAGCUUCACCACGAAACAAUUUCUUUUAAAGAACUGAAACUUUCUUGUAUUAAUUGAAUCCAUUCGACAGGAGAAGUGUCACAAAUGGCCACUAUAUGCGGUUGCCGGCCGGGUGCCAAAAUGAUCAUUGCUACACCAAACUCGUGGAUGUCCAUGGCUACUCGAUCAUCAAGCAGAUUUAUGGGCACACGACAGUACCAAACUACACGACAAAGCGGGUGCUAUCGAUUCAGCACCCGACCAAGUGUAUCGCUACCUUCUUCAGCCAGAUCUUACCACUCGCGUUUCCAUGCGCCUCUCCCUACCGAUGAAUAUACCAAUUCUCAAUGCACGAUCCUCUCCGCUGCCCUAGAACAUAUCCCAGAGCAUGGCUUCACCAAGGAAGCUUUGAUUAAGGGUGCCCGGGACAUGGGGUUUCUCGACGUCUCCAUACAACUAUUCACGAGGCAAGAGAUGGAUCUCGUCCUCUACUGGCUGGCAAGCAGACGCGGAUUACUACGGGCAAAGGUACAGAACGGAUUGUUUGAUGGAAAACAGAUGAGCAUUGAUGAGAAGAUCAAGGCUCUCGUUAUUGAGCGAUUAAGAAUGAACAGCCCGAUCGUUCAUCGCUGGCAGGACGCACUUGCGCUCAUGUCGUUCCCCACGAAUAUUCCUCUUUCUCUUUCCGAAUUACACUCACUUUCAUCCGAUAUACUAUACCUCGCAGACGAUAUUUCUGUGGACAGCUCAUGGUACUCGAAACGUUUGGCAUUAUCAGCAGUCUAUGCGAGCGCAGAAGUUGUCAUGACUCGAGACUCCAGUCAUGGAUUCAUAUCCACGGAGAAGUUUGUUGAACGACGAUUUCAAGAUAGCCAAGCCAUUGGACAGAAAGUCAGUGAUGUGAAGUCAUACAUGGGAUUCAUGGCUGGAACAGCUGUUAGUCUAGGGCGAAGCUGGGGGCUGAAGAUCUAAAAUUUGCAUGCAUUUUGCUGUACCGAUACAACGUAUAAUUCACUUAUGUACCAUACGAUAUUCAGAGUAUCAGAUGUUAGGCCUUGAAAUGUGAUGCUUUUACUUAAGUGG